AUGACCUCUCCAAGCGACAAGGCGACAUUGCCCCUCGUUCAGGCAGCAACCAUCACGCGUGAUUGCCACGCCGCGGGUGACGACCUCUUGGACCACUACCACGAUUUUUGCUCGGCGCCCACGUCGUGGCGUCUCCUCCGCAACGAGCGCGACGUCCAACUGCUCCAAGGCCCCGGGCGACACAUGCGCAACGCGUACCGACUCGCGACCUCGGUCACCGCGUCGCUCGACGAGGUCAAGGCCCACACGACCAACCUCACACCGACCGAAAUGAAAGCCACGAUGGACAAGUACGCCGAUGACAUCCUUGACAUGAAGGUGCUGCAUCGGCUUCAGACGCCAAGUGUGGCCGAGCCCGAUCUCCAAGUGCUCGUGCGCUGGUUUGUCACGGAAUGUCCGUUGCCUUUGCACAACCGGGACUUUUGCGUCGCCGAGUUACAAAACCGAUGGACGUUGCCGUCCGGGCAGCGUGCGUGGGGUCUUGUCCAGCACUCGGUCAAGGUGCCAAGCUGUCCGGACCUGUUAUCGACGGUGCGGUACCGUCGAGGCCAGAUGUACCAUUUCGGGCUGUUGUACGUCGAGCACCCGAGUCGACCAGGUGUUCUGGUGCUAUUUUUGCACCUCGAGUUCGACGUCAAGGGCUGGGCACCGUCGUGGCUGUACCCGUUUCUCAUGGCGCGUCGAGCGCGGAGUGUAGCGAAAAUCCCGGACUUUCUUGCCGCGCGGCGACUCGAAGGCGAAGGCGGCACCUGCGGGUCGCGAACCGGUGGCGCAGACGAGCGCAAGCACUGCCAGUACUGCACGCGCCAGUUUGGCCCGCUUCGGUGGCGCGUGCACUGCAGCAACUGCGGCGAGGUGUUUUGUACGCACUGCGCGCCCCCAAGUGAUGUCGAUCGCACGUGCGUCGAGUGCCGGUCCCAAAACAUCCUCGCUUCCCGCAAAAGCACCGACCGAUCGUCUGGCUCGGAUACAACGCCGUCGCAUCGAGUUCGCUCCUGGCGCGAAGUCACAAACGUGUCACCAACCUCGCAUGCCCAGGAUUGCAGCUGCAUCUCCAGACCCUCCUCUAACGAGACCAGCGUCAAGCAGGGUGGUGGCUUGCCACUUUUGGACUAUGAGCUCCGGGUCGCGAUCGAGCCGCGCACGCAGAUCGACGACGACUGGAAUUUGCGGCUGCUGCGGGCUCAAACCCAGAUUCGACAGGAGCGAAGUCAGAGCCGGCUUUGCUACCGCAAGGAUGCGUUUUGCUAA